AUGCCAGGGGAUAUUAUAAAGCAGGCAAAACCAUUAUUGACGAAAGUCUCGAUAAAAUACGAAAAAUUGCUGAAAAUUGUACAGGAUUGCAAGGAUUCUUUAUUUUUGAUUCCGUGGGAGGUGGGACUGGAUCUGGAUUUGGGUCUUUAUUGCUUGAAAAGCUUUCAUCCGAAUAUUCGAAAAAAACUAAAUUUAGCCUUGCAAUUUAUCCUUCUCCAAAGAUUUCAACUUCUGUAG